CGGUCCCCAGGCCCAGGUGAGCCGGCGCCAUGGGGCAGGCGAGCUGCAAGGGGCUCUACCAGUCGCUGUUCGACUACAAGACCGAGAAGUAUGUCAUCGCCAAGAACAAGAAGGUGGGCCUGCUCUACCGGCUGCUGCAGGUCUCCAUCCUGACCUACCUGGUGGUUUGGGUGUUCCUAGUGAAGAAGAGUUACCAAGACACCGACACCUCCCUGCAGAGCAGCAUCAUCACCAAAGUCAAGGGCGUGAUCUUCACCAACACCUCGGAGCUGGGGGAGCGGCUCUGGGAUGUUGCUGACUACGUCAUCCCACCCCAGGGGGAGAACGUCUUCUUCGUCAUCACCAACCUGGUUGUGACCCCCAACCAGCGCCAGAAAACCUGUGCUGAGAAUGAAAGCAUUCCUGACGCUGUGUGCUCUGAGGACAGUGACUGUCCUCCUGGGGAGCCUGUCGUGACUGGAAAUGGAGUGAGGACUGGCCGCUGCCUGCGGGCAGAGAACAUGCAAAGGGGCACCUGCGAGAUCUUCGCCUGGUGCCCAGUGGAAACAAGGUCCAGGCCAGAGAAGCCUCUCCUGGGCAAGGCUGAAGACUUCACCAUUUACAUAAAGAACUUCAUUCGUUUCCCUAAAUUCAACUUCUCCAAGACCAAUGUGCUGGACACCAAAGACAGAUCUUACCUGAGGUCCUGUCGGUUUGGCCCCAAGGACCCCUACUGCCCCAUCUUCCGACUGGGGUCUGUGGUCAGUUGGACGGGGAGCGACUUCCAGGAGAUAGCCCUGCAGGGCGGUGUGAUAGGGAUCCAGAUCGAGUGGGACUGUGAUCUUGACAAAGCUCCUUCUGAAUGCAACCCUCGCUAUUACUUUAGCCGCCUAGACCGCAGGUUUCCCGGAAACUCUGUCUCCUCGGGGUAUAACUUCAGGUUUGCCAAAUAUUACCGCGAUGAAGCCGGGGUGGAGUUCCGCACCCUGAUCAAAGCCUACGGGAUCCGCUUUGAUGUCCUGGUGAAUGGCAGGGCAGGGAAGUUCAACAUCAUCCCCACAAUCAUCAACGUGGGCUCAGGGGUGGCACUCAUGGGUGUUGGGUCUUUCUUCUGCGACCUGAUACUCAUCUACUUCAUCAAAAAGAGCCACUUUUACCGCAACAAGAAAUUCGAGGAAGUACGGGUUCCCAGCUACCCUCUGUGUGCCCCUCACUACCCACACGCAGGUCUGGCCACCCGGGGAAUGGAAAGGUGACCGUGGAGCAGCUGCAGAACCUGCAGACAGUGGAGGCGUAGCCAGAGGCGGCUGAGAGCAGAUUUAGUGAAGACGUCGGGCAGAACUGGCUGAAGCUCUGAACGGGAAGAGCGAGGAGCCUGUGUCCGCAUGGACUGGGGCUUCCAGGAGCCACCAUCCCUCCUGCACUUUGGGAUCUUACUACAAGCUUUUUGUUGUGUGUGGGGGAGGGGAAAUGCUGGAGAGGGAAGGGGCAGGCCAGGGUGUAAAUGAUACUAGGUGUUUUCAUGUUUUCUGAGAACCUAGUUGGACAUUCAUUCACUUAUUUAUUCACACAUGCAGUAAACUUUUUUGCUGUGGGCUGGGCCCUAUCCAAGAGAUGCUUAAAUGAGACCCUGACCUGGCCCUCAGGGAGCAGAGCAACUGUGUAAUUCCCUCUAAAGACAACAGACUCACAGCCAGGCUCAGCCAUUCUGGCCUUCCUCCAGCCUCUAGCUGACUUUCACAGCGGGGAGGCAGGGAGGCCUCACUCCAGUCUGACCUGCCCAGCCUGGGAGGCUCUGGGCAUGGCAUCUCAUGGGAGACACUGUGGUUUGGCUCUUGCUGUUCUGUGGGGUUGGGUGUCCUUGCCCAGCUCCCCUUCCUCUCUCCUCAAAGGCUGGCUGGGUCUGAAGGGGUAAGGACAGGGUGCUCACGCAGCAGGUGGGAGUUGUUAGGGAGGCCCUCACCCCUCACCCUCCUUCCCCACCUCACCCUGCUGCUCCCUCCCUUACUGUCUGUAGAGCUGCUCUCCUCAAGGUGUGGUCCCUGGACCAGCAGCCUCCAAUAGCCUUGGCAUCACCCGGGAGCUUGUUAGCCCUUCCCUUCCUCCUAAAUCAGGGCCUGUGUUGCAAUGGGGCUCCCAGGGGAUUCGCGUGCUCCUUACACUCAGAAGCCCUGCAAGGGUGAGGAGCUCUGCAAAGCCUGGUUCUGAGGGAGGAAAGAGCCAGCUUCGGUGGGUGGCGCCAAUUUCCAGGCCAAACUUACUAGUACACACACUCUCCCUUGAAACUACAGGACCCCCCUUCCUGCCCCAGGGAAAGGAGCAUUACACUCAAUUCAUUUAAAUCAAAAUAUUUUAACUAGGCAACACUUAUACGAUUCAAAAUUUUAAAGGUACAAAAGAAUAGCAAAAGCUUCCCUCCCACCUGUUCUAGAGGCCACCUGUGUUACCAAUUCCAAGAGGCUCCCUCGUUUUCAAACUGAGAAUCCACUUGUUACUCAGGACGUGAACUUUUCCUCAUGCCUGCAGCAUCAGACCACGUCUCCUGUGAGAAAGGGACACGAUGGAAUGGGCUGGGAGCCAGAGAGCUCGCUUCUCCCUCCCCGUGUCUGGGAGCCCCUGUGUAAACCCAGGGGGAGAAGCCUAGAACUCUGCUUCAACUAUGGCCGCAAAGGCCUGCAGUGCCCGUUGCACAGCUGCCAGGACACUGGGGAGCUCCUCUCUGGAAGUGCUCCCUCGGAGCGCCCUGGAGUCAGGGGAGCCUGAUUCUCUGCACACAGAGGAGGGGUGAGCAUCCUUCCCCUGGGGUCUUUGGAGAGGGUCAGAAGGGGCUGGAAGGUUUCUGGUGAGGCUCCACCACCAGGGCAGAAGGUUGUGGACCCUGCAACAGGAACCCUUUUGG